UGGAGGCGCGGGCGAAGCCAUGGAUUCUGUCGUCCUCCAGCUCUGGGCUGUCCUCUCCCUCCUGGUUCACCUUGCAGCCUGCAGUCCCAUCCUGAGCUUGGAGCACUCCUCCCUGGAGGAAGACGUGCCUCUUUUUGAUGAGAUCCUCUCCGAGCAAGAUGGGGUUGAUUUCAACACGCUGCUCCAGAACAUGAAAAAUGAGUUCUUGAAGACGUUGAACCUCUCCGACAUCCCCCUGCACGAGUCGGCCAAGGUGGACCCACCAGAGUACAUGCUAGAGCUGUACAACAGGUUUGCCACAGACAGGACAUCGAUGCCUUCUGCAAACAUCAUCAGGAGCUUCAAGAACGAAGACUUGGAUUCCCACCCUGUAGGCGUGACGGGAACUCGGAAAUACCCGCUGCUGUUCAACGUUUCCAUCCCUCACCACGAGGAGAUCACCAUGGCCGAGCUGAGGCUCUACACCCUGGUGGAGAGGGACCAGAGGCUCUACGAAGGGCUCGACAGGAAGGUCACCAUCUUCGAAGUGCUGGAGAACAUCCACGUGGGCGCUGGGGAAGAGAGGAAGCUGGUGGCCCUGGCCUCCAGGCACAUCUACGGCACGAGCAGCGAGUGGGAGAGCUUCGAGGUGACCGAGGCCAUCCGGCGCUGGCGCAGGGCAGGGCUGACCACGCACCGGCUGGAAGUUCACAUCGAGAGCAGGGAGGGGGAGGAGCAGAACGGGGAAGGGAAACUCGAUAUCGACAUCAACUCCGAGGCCAAGCACCUGCCCCUGUUGGUUGUGUACUCUGACGACCAAAGCAACGACAGAAAGGAGGAGAAGGAAGAGCUGAAUGAGAUGAUCGACCACGAGCAGUUCCUGGGCCUGGAGAACCUGGAGGUUGGCAAUUUCCACGACCAGCCCGGGGAGGAGGCGCUGCUCCAGAUGCGCUCCAACAUCAUUUACGACUCCACCGCCCGCAUCCGGAGGAACGCCAAAGGCAACUACUGCAAAAAGACCCCGCUCUACAUCGACUUCAAGGAGAUCGGCUGGGACUCCUGGAUCAUCGCCCCGGCGGGCUACGAAGCUUACGAGUGCCACGGGGUGUGCGCCUACCCCUUGACAGAGCACGUCACGCCAACCAAGCACGCCAUAGUCAAGACUUUGGUUCACCUGAAGAACCCCCAGAAAGCCUCCAAGGCCUGCUGCGUGCCCACCAAACUCGACCCCAUCUCUAUCCUCUACUUGGAUGCAGGGGUGGUCACCUACAAGUUCAAGUACGAGGGCAUGGUGGUGUCAGAGUGCGGCUGCAGAUAG